CUCCAAAAGUUCAGCAUAGAUUUAUAUCCUGGAGUUUUAAGGAGAAUGGACAGGGAAGAAGAGGGUGAAGAUGUGCCUCAGAUUCCUGUCAUGCGAGAGAGCACCAGUGACAUUUUGCAGCAUCGCAGAAAAGCACUGCAAACAUUUCGGCUUCGGAAGAAAGAAAUUGAAAAUGAGCAGGCUUCUGCAGAACUGACUGCAAAGAAGCAAGAGUUCAAAGAGAGGAUGGAAGUGUUGGCCCAACGAAGAGAGGCCCUUGAACAAAAAGAUCAGGAUAGGAAGAACCGGAUUCUUGAAUUUGACGCAUAUAUUAAAGAGUGUCAUCAGAAGAAGGAGCGUGUCAUUCAGCUGUACCACCAGGAACACACGCUGAAAGCCCUCAAGAAGCGUGAGGUAUUCAAACUGAAAAAAGAGCUUAAGAAACUCCAAGUUAGAAAAAGGGAACUACAGAAGAAGAUGGCAAAAUACAAAAGCUUCGAAGAUUUCCUGAAGAAAGUUACCGCCACAUUCACACCAGGAUUUCUUGGAUAUCCGGAAGACUCCAUGGUUGAAGCCCUCAUCAAAAGGCACAAGACACUGUUUGAGGAAAACCAGAGCUUGAUGAAGAAUUUGUCCAUCCAGCAGUGUCACAUUGAGGAAACGCAAAAAGAAUUAGGGAUCUUGCGAGAGGAAUACAAUACCACGACAUUUGUGCUGCUCGGCAAAAUUUCUGAACUUCAGUCAAAGAAAAGUGCACUACAAGAAAAAAAGAAACACUUGUGUCACCACAUUAACAAUGAGGAAUGUCUCAUCGAUCAAAAGAGGCAAGAUCUAAGCAGGAUGAUGUUAGCAAUCAACAACAUGGCAGAGUUAUGCUACAUGCCCCAUUAUGGCCCUUUGGAUGACAUGACGUUGCGGUCCAAGCUGGACAUGAUCCAGGAGUCCAUUUUGAGGAAACAACAGAUCGUAGAGGAAACAAAAGCACUGCAGUCUGAAGAACUUACAAGGUCAUCCUCUCAUCUUUUGAGGGAAAGUUCAUCUUCUACUCUUUCUAGGGAACAACUUAAAAAACAAAUAAGCUUUGCCAAUAAGGACAAGCUGGAAGACAAAGGAGGAAAAGCAUAAGGAGACAAAUCUCUUUUAAAAUCCCAUAUACAGAAUGGGAGACACUGCAGGGACUAGUGGAAUAUUUAUAGUAGGUUCUGCAGACAAAUCAACACAGAUGGAUGUCAAUGCAUUACCAUAAAUGCUUUGAUUUGUGGGUGAAAGGGUCUUUCAUGCUCAUUUUUUGCAAGUAUGGGUUGAGUGAUCUUGAUUCUUUCCGCCUGCUAAUUCUAUGUGUUUGGUGUUUACGGACUUGCUGGAGGAGUGGAAGCCAAUCUCUGAAAGAACCAAUGCACAAUUUGGAGGUGCUCCUACAGCCAUCCAUUCUCCUAAACAGGCAGGCAAUGGCUUUGAUUAGCUGGCAAACUAACCAUGGCUAGUUCAAGGGAAGACUAAUCUUGCCCAUAGUGUUCUUUACUCUUGAUCAGGGCUACAUGGUAGCUCCCCCCCCCCAUGCCAGUUAAGCACACUUUUUUAUUUUUUAAGUGGAUAAUGUAACCUGUACUUAGCCCUUAAUCCCAGCACAUAUUUUAAAGGAACAGAAACAGGAGUACAAUCUGCAAGCUUCUGUAUUCAGAGCAUUCAAACAGUGAUCCACACGUUUGUUAGAUCAAUAUGUAGUUUAGAUUCUGCCUUGAUACACUUUGGAUCACGAAUCAGCAACCUAAGGCCCAUGGGCCAGAAGCGGCCUGCGGAGGACGUUUGACCGGCCCAUGAGCCACCCCGAAAUGA